CUCUGGCAGAGGCAGGCAGAGGCGCACCCAAGUCCCGUGUCAGAUCUGAUACGCGCUGACACGCGCACCACGUUGCGAGCUUGAAUCAGACGCCAUCUGCUGCUUCGAUGUGUUCGAAUAUGCACGCAAGGAACGACCGGCUCUGGGCAAUGCAGACACUAUGGCUUGUUUCACGCAUGCCACACGCUUGGGCUGCGGCGGCGCGAUCCCGUCGGCCUCGACCGCGCUGCGACCUGCGGCAUGACCACGAGUACCCCGGGUGGCCCACUGACAGCCCUGAAUUUUGGCGAGCAACCGACAAUUUUGUCGUCUCCAGACCAGGAAUCAGAUGCUGCCCCGUCCACAUUUUCGAUACAAAUGCCAAGAAUGCAGCGCUGCAAAACCAGGUGGGCAGCGCGGAUCCAUCUCACACAUCUUUCACAUUCGAUUUUUUACCGGCAAGAUGCGCACGAUCACGUCUCUCGCAGCGUCCGUGCUCCUUGCCUCGGCCACCGCUGACGCGGCCCUCGUCGGCGGCUGGAGCAACGCCACCGUCGCCGAAAUCCAGAAGCUCUACCAAGAUGCUUCGAUUCUCCCGGCGAGCUACCCGAGCAACGGCUGCCCGCGCGUCUGCGCGACGACCUUUGUCUCUGCCUCCAAGAAGGUCGUCGCCGGCAUCCAGUACAAGCUCGACGUCCAGGGCUGCGCUGUCAAGACGGAGGCGGCGACCACAUCGGCCUGCGCCUGCACCGAAGCAGCGACGGGCUACACGAUUUCGCUCUUUGCACGGCCCGGCAACGAGACACUCAUCACGCGUAUCGUGCCGACGGUCUCGGGGGCGACUUCAGACGACCCGGCCGGGCUUGUCGGCGGCUUCUCGACGCCGACGGCGCCGACCGCCGAGGACGUCGCGCUCUACUUCAACGCAACCCGCACGGAGGCCAACUACGUGGGCGCCGCGGUCGCCCGCGUGUGCCCCACCGAUAUUUUGACGGUCAGCAAGCAGGUCGUCGCGGGCCAGAACCUCGUGUACAGCGUCAAGGGCUGCGCGCUGCCCAAGGCCUCGCCCGAGUCGUCUCUCACGUCCUGCAACGCGACGUGCGCGGGGAAGGACUCGAGCAGCUACCAAGUCAAGGUAUUUGCGAGCCUCACGGGCGGGUUCGAGGUCAGCGGCUCGCUCCAGGCCAAGGCCGACGGGACCUUUGUCUCUGCAACAGCGACCAACGGUAGCAGCGCGGGCAGCGCGAUUGGUGGCAACACGACGACCGCAGCACCGACGGCCAAGCCGUCCAGCGCAGCGCCCACCUCGGUUGCACUGGCUUCGCUAGCCAUCGCCGCUGCCUGCCUGUACUAAUGACAACAACUCCGUCUCUUCAUGGUUAUAUCUUGUAACUCGUAUCAACGAUACUCUGGUCAAGCUCUGGUCAA